AUGGCUGAGAUGGCGUGGGACAGGGGCAAAAACUGGGGGUGGAUGCUUUCUGCAUUCAUCUGUCUGAACAUCCUGAUCCUGGGUUGCGCCUUUGUCAGCGCGGGCACUUCAGAGAUUGUCAAAAUCAGCAGCCUGGACCUGCAGAGUUUCCUCAUCUUCCUCUUUCUGCUCACCUCGAUCUGGAUGGUCUAUUUCACCUACAAUUCCAGGGCAGGAAAUGUUUCUGUCUUCAAGGAUAGACAUGCGGGACCCAUUUGGCUCAGAGGUGGACUUCUGCUCUUUGGAAUCCUCAGUAUCAUCAUGGACAUCUUUAAGAUAGUCAGCUAUGUGGGGUACCUCCACUGUGAUUCAGCCAUUAAAGUUGCAUUCCCUGUGGUGCAAGUUGUCUUUGUUCUCGUACAGACAUACUUUUUCUGGAUCCAUUCAAGGGACUGUGUGCAGGUCCAAAAGAACCUUUCACGCUGCGGACUGAUGCUCACCCUCUCCACAAACCUUGUUUUAUGGAUGACUGAAGUUACAGAGGAGUCCCUUCACCAAACAAUUUCUCCUGAGUUCUCAACCGACCACGCUAAGCUCUCACGACGGCAACAGUACAUCAAGAGCGCCAGUUAUGGAGAUGACCAGUGUACGUGCAGCCACACUUCCUGUGACAUCUUCAAGGAUGCCUAUUACUACCUGUACCCCUUCAACAUCGAGUACAGCCUCUUUGCCUCCACCAUGGCGUUCGUCAUGUGGAAGAAUGUGGGCCGAGCGGCGCCCGAAAGCAACCACCACCACCACCACGCCAGAUUCAGCCUCAAGGAUGUGGUCAUUGGCCUCGUUUUGGGCAUCCUCCUCAUGGCAGCAGGCAUCGCGACCUUCGUUGUGUAUGAAAUCGAUAUGAAAACGAAUUUCUCUGACAAAGAAAGCCAUGACACAGCAUUGAUGAUGCACUUUGUCAUGAACAUAGUCAUUGCGACCACGAUGUGUGUCUGCACCAUCGUCGGAAGCGCUAUCUUCAUGGUGGACCACAGGGAGCACAUCUCGGAGAAGAACCCCACCCAGAGUCUGGACGUGGGGCUGCUGGUGGGUGCCUCACUGGGGAAAUUCAUUGUUAGUUAUUUCUCCAUUAUUGCCAUGGUUGCAACUGGGGCCAAGGGCCACCUGAACAGGCUCAACUUGAGUUGGGGCAUACUGAUGGUACUCCAGCUCGGCCUACAGAACUUUUUCAUAAUUGUGGGCCUGCACCGGGAGCCCUUUCAUGAGGCUGAACCUGACACAGUGGUUGCAAAUCCAUAUGCGGCGGAGUCCAGCAAAGAUGGAAGCGGAUUACAAGUUAGAGACUUAGACCAAAAACCCAACCCUGACACUGAAGCACGUGGCAACAGUAGAGCAGAGGAAGACAGACACAAACAGCUGUGGAAGAGGCGAGUGUUGAGAGAGGUCUGCGCGUUCCUGCUACUGGGUAACGUCAUACUGUGGAUAAUGCCAGCCUUUGGUGCUCGUCCCCAGUUUGAUCACGACACUGAAACACAGUUCUACCAGUUCAGCAUGUGGGCUGCUGUUGUGAAUGUGGGCCUUCCUUUUGGCAUCUUUUACCGAAUGCACUCCGUUGCCAGUUUAUUUGAAGUCUACCAGAAGUUGUAAAUAAGCACAUGGAAAAGAGGGUACAGAAAGUUGUAAACUGGCAUUUUUAACUGUUUUGUGGAGCAUUUUUUGAUUUGUAUUUUUUUGUCAAGGAGAAACUGAAUAACUUGUUUUAUUUUUUUCUAUUUUUUAUUUAGUAGUAUGUUUAUGCAACAAUGUAAAUAUAUUAAAACUUUAUUUUUGCAAUUUAAAUGUCUUGUAAAGCUUAUCUUGUGCAAUCCAGUUUACACAGUAAUAUCUGUU